UCUCAAAUACUAUUGGUCAGAAAUAUGUAAUUAAUAACAAAUUACAUAUAUUUUUACUACUUUCUUAGUCUGUGUGAAAAUUGUAAAAGUGGUACUUAUUCAGAAAUGGAUGGAGUAUAACAUAUUUGUCUGAAUCCGAACUAAAAGUCUUGUAUUAAUUUUCCUUUAGAAAAAAAAAAUCAGAAUAAAGCAUAGAAUAAAACAAUACAGAAAACCAACAAAAGAAAAACUAAGGUGGAAUGGCUCAGAACAGACGUGGACCUUUCCAACCAUCAUUGUGUAGUCAUUUACCGUUGGGUCGACCAUCGUAUGUUAGAUAGUACAGUACCAAUCUAUUCACAAUUAUAUAGACGUGAUGCUUACUUAGAUCGUUUCGUUUAAAUGAUUCUGACUAGUAUUAAAACUCAUUAGUAUUUAAAUGUUUAAAUCAAGCUAUUUAAAUGUUUAAACAAUCAGCAUUUAAAUCUCAAAGUCCAAUUAAAUCAACGUUAAAUAAUACAACCGUUUGUAUCAUAUCAACCUCGACGCUUCAACCGACUCUGCCAUCACAUAUCGUCAAAUCUUUCAACUAACCCAACAAACAUUAUUCACAUCACACAUACUUUGUUAAGUUUUUCUAAUCUUAAUUUUGUUUAUUUUUGCAAAUCCUUUAUUAAGGUUCUAAACUUGUCUAUGCAUUCAGAAGUGUCUAGUCAAUAAAAGGCAAAGCAACAACUUUCUUUUUGUGCUUUGUUGUCACCUUUCUUCUAUCUUUUAAACAAACUCUUACUAAACAAAUAAUCAUUUUAGUUGUUUUUUUGUAAGAACAUGAAUAAUUCCAGUCACGAUACAUACAAACUUCUUAUUAAUAAAAUUCCAAUAUUUUGGAUUAAUUCAAGAUUCUAUACUCAGUGGUUAUCGUUGUCAGUCCAAUUAAAAAUAGUAUGGUUUUCUCUUAAAUGUUUUACUAAAACUAACUAAAAAAGUUAUAUUUACCUAUUAGUUAUCGUAUGGACCAAAACGUCAUUAUUGUUAAUUUUGGGGUUUUGUGAAAAAGAAAGGAAUGCUUGUUACCUACUCUUUAUUAACUUCUCUGCCUAUCUCUCAAUUUCUCUCUUCUCCACAACAGUCUCUUCAAGCAAAACUGGGACAAAUAAAACUUAAAAAGUCUUCUUAAGGUUUAUUUUUGUUCUCUUCUUGCCUCUUUGGAAAAUGCAGAAGCACAAAUGCAAGCUCUGUUCCAAGAGUUUCUGUAAUGGCAGAGCACUUGGUGGUCACAUGAAGUCUCACUUGGUCUCAUCACACACGCCCACUCGGAAGAAACUCGGUGACUCGGUUUACUCCUCUUCUUCUUCCUCCUCAGACGGUAAAACUCUAGUCUACGGGCUGCGAGAGAACCCGAGGAAGAGUCUCCGGGUCUUCAACCCGGAUCCUGAGUCAUCCACCGUUUACAACAGCGAGACCGAGACCGAACCUGAGUCUGUGGACCCGGUUCGGAAACGUAGCAGAGCAGAGGUUUCCAAGAAGACGAAGACGAAGAAAAGGAGUAAGAAGAGAGUGUUUGAGUCGGGGAAGAAGCAGAAGACGAGUCGUGUUAACUCGAACGAGUCUCAAGAACCGGCGAGUUCUGUCUCCGACGGUUCUCCGGAACAGGAUUUGGCCAUGUGUUUGAUGAUGCUAUCGAGAGAUACGAGGGAGAUUGAACUGAAGAAACAUGUUCUUGCAGCGGAAGAAACGAAGCCGGAGAAGAUACAUUUCCCGGAGCUCCGUCGUUGUGUGAUAGAUCUGAAUCUUCCUCCGCCGCAAGAAAGCGACAUUGUCACCGUAGUUUCAGCCAUAUAAUAACAGUUGGAGGUUUCAGAGAUUACUGGAUAUCAAAGCAUCUUCUUGAUUUGGUUGAUCGUUUAUUCUUUUAAAGUUAGAAAACGUUUAGUGGUUUUGGAAUCUUUGGACGAUCUUUAUCAAGCAAUGUACUUUUGAUGUAAGACACAACUGAAAACCCAAGAAACAAGUUCUGUUUCUUGAUUUCUCCUUCAGGGUUAUGGAUGAUAAUAAUUGUUUGUUGGAUCUUUGUUAUGACUUUGUGAUAUUUUGAAAUUCUUGAGAUGAUUCUUUUGCAUGAGGUUUGGAUCUUAGAUCUUUGAUUA